CUUUCAGGCCUUGUAGCCAGCAGGAUCCAGAGCUUUCUGAGGGCAGUAUGUCUCUGGAGAGCAUGUGGGCUCCACAGGCAGCAGACAUGGGGGAUGGGCCUGCCAAGAAAUCCAGCAACCAGGCCUCCAUGCAGACACAGCUCCUCCAGACUGCCUCCCUAAAGGAUGGCCCAGCAAAGAGGGCAGUAUGGGUCCGUCGGGACAGUGCUGAGACAGAAGCUCCUGAUAAGACAACUGUGUCGAAGGACAGGCCCAAGUUAGGGGUGACCAAAGCAGUGGUUGUGGAUCUUGGCACUGGCUUCUGUAAAUGUGGCUUUGCUGGCCUGCCAAAGCCCACUCAUAAGAUCUCAACAACAGUGGGCAAGCCCUACAUGGAGACAGCCAAGACUGGGGAUAAUCGCAAAGAGACCUUUGUGGGGCAUGAGCUCCUUAACCCAGAAAUACAUCUCAAGAUGGUCAACCCCCUGCGUCAUGGCAUCAUUGUGGACUGGGACACAGUACAGGACAUCUGGGAAUACCUCUUCCGACAGGAGAUGAAGAUCGCCCCUGAGGAGCACGCAGUCCUGGUUUCAGACCCACCCCUGAGCCCUCACACCAACAGAGAGAAAUAUGCUGAGAUGCUGUUUGAGACCUUCAACACGCCUGCAAUGCACAUCGCCUACCAAUCCCGCCUGUCCAUGUACUCAUAUGGUCGCACCUCAGGCCUGGUGGUGGAGGUUGGCCAUGGUGUGUCCUAUGUGGUUCCCAUCUAUGAGGGUUAUCCUUUGCCUAGCAUCACGGGGAGGCUAGACUAUGCAGGAUCUGACAUGACGGCCUACCUGAUGAGCUUGAUGAACAGCUCUGGGAAAUACUUCACUGAGGACCAUAUCAGUAUUGUGGAGAACAUCAAGACAAAAUGCUGCUUUGUGGCCCUAGACCCCAUUGAGGAGAAGAAAAUCCCUCCCAAUGAACAUGAGAUCCAUUACACUCUGCCUGAUGGAAAAGAAAUCCGUCUGGGCCAGGAGAGGUUCCUCUGCUCAGAGAUGUUCUUCAAGCCAUCUCUGAUCAAGUCCAUGCAGCUGGGCCUCCACACCCAGACAGUGUCCUGCCUUAACAAGUGUGACAUCGCACUCAAACGAGACCUCAUGGGGAACAUCCUGCUCUGCGGGGGGAGCACUAUGCUCAGGGGUUUCCCUAACCGUCUGCAGAAGGAACUGAGCAGCAUGUGUCCCAAUGACAUGCCACAGGUGAACGUUCUACCCGAGAGAGACACUGCAGUGUGGACUGGCGGUUCUAUCCUGGCCUCGCUCCAGGGUUUCCAACCAUUGUGGGUUCACCGCUUUGAGUACGAGGAACACGGGCCUUUCUUCCUCUACAGAAGGUGCUUCUGAACUGAUGCAGCAUGGCCACUGUGGUGACAGUGUGUCAGCUUUACUACAUGAGGGAACACCUAUACACGGUGCUGAGCUGGCAUGUUCAGUCCUGUAGCAUUAAAAACCCCUGGUGU